AGCACAAUUUUAAAUUUAACACAAUAGUCACAUCUAUUUUCUUAUGCAAAAUAAACUAUAAUUGCAUUUUCCUCGGAAAAGACAGAGUCGACAUAUUCUAUUCUGUCCUGUUUCAGCUAGGAAUCUUUCGAGGACUUGGCCAGCUAGGAAUCUUUCGAGGACUUGGCCAAUGAUUUCUCUCGGAUUUGUUCUUGUUCCCAUUGCUUCUGAUAGCUCCUUCCGCUUGUUUCCAUGGCUUCCCUCUCGUCUUGCUCCAAAUUUGUCUCGCAUGACCCACGAGUUCCCUCAAAGGUCCAUCAUCAUUCGCACAACUCAAACGUAUUUUUCCCCAUUCUUUCACAUUCGGGACUUAGAUUUGGGAUUUCUCAACAUGGGUCGCAUACAAAAAUAAGAACUUUGAGAAGUUCUAAUCACUCUGAAGCUUUGGUUGAUUCUACUGCUCAAAUAUCCGAUGUUCCAAACUUGUCUUGUUUAGAGGCCAUUGAAAGGCUAAAAACAAACCGAGAUACCCAAAAGGGCAAGCAGCAAUUCCUGGCCAUGUACUCUAGUGUUUUUGGUGGAAUAACAACAGAUCCAGCAGCUAUGGUGAUCCCCAUUGAUGACCACAUGGUCCACAGGGGGCAUGGUGUUUUCGAUACUGCAGCCAUCAUGAAUGGAUACCUCUACGAGUUGGACCAACACCUUGACCGAAUUUUAAGGUCUGCAUCAAUGGCCAAAAUUGAACUCCCAUAUAAUCGUGAAAGAAUAAGAAGAAUACUGAUACAAACUGUCAGUGCUUCCAAGUGUAGAAAAGGAUCACUGAGAUACUGGCUCUCUGCAGGACCUGGUGAUUUCCAACUAUCCCCAUCUGGCUGCCAUCAACCAGCUCUUUAUGCUGUUGUAAUCCAAGAUCAAUCACCGUUUGAUUCAAAGGGCAUCCGAGUAAUAACUUCAUCAAUCCCAAUAAAACCUCCUCAAUUUGCUACCAUGAAAAGUGUGAAUUACCUCCCAAAUGUGCUUUCAAAGAUGGAGGCAGAAGAAAAUGGUGCAUAUGCAGCUAUUUGGCUGGAUAGUGAUGGAUUUGUUGCUGAAGGGCCUAACAUGAAUGUGGCGUUUGUUACAAAGCGGAAGGAACUUAUUAUGCCUAGUUUUGACUAUAUUCUAAGUGGGUGCACGGCUAAGAGAGUUUUGACUCUUGCUGCAGAACUGGUUAGGGAGGGGAAGCUUGGGGAAAUCAAAGUAAGAAAUGUGAGUGUGGGGGAAGGGAAGGAAGCUGAUGAGAUGAUGCUUAUUGGCAGUGGAGUUCUUGUUCGGCCUGUUGUGCAGUGGGAUGAGCAGGUCAUUGGUGAUGGCAAAGAAGGUCCUGUGGCUCUCAGUCUCUUGAAUCUCAUUAUUGAGGACAUGAAAUCCGGUCCCCCUACAGUUCGUGUGCCUGUUCCUUACUAAGCUUGAUGCGGAGUUCUGUCCUUCAACCUUUAUUGCAAGUUCUACCAUCCUUUAUAACAAAUAAGUGCAUUAAAUUUUGGCAUGUUGCCCUUUAACUGGAGGGUAUCCGGUACAAAAUUAUCAAAAAAAUGUGUGAAAUGAUAAUUUUACCCUUAUGAUAUAAUGGACUGGUUCAUUUUGAACGGGAGAGGAUCAUUUUGUCGCAAUGUCAGGUUUGAUGAUAGCUUUCUAUUUGGUAUUGUAUUAAAGACAUAAUAGCAGUGAGAAUCAGUUGUACUUACCAGCAAUGUAAAUGUAAGGUUUUCAAUUUUUAUCUUUUUAAUGCAAUAGUACUGUUCUUUU